AUGGACAAGAGAGGUUUAGAUCAUCGCCUAGUGAUCGAUGCUGCUAUUCAAUUAGACCUUAUUGCCAAAGUGCGUGGAGUUUCUAGUGCUGAAAUAUUUUUCCUAAGGCGAAACAGAAUGAGAGAAAAGGCCGAAUCUUUGAUUGAUGAAAUGAGAGAUAAAGGUCAUGUCACGCAUGCACUUCCAUUUAAUGUGAUGAUGACUCUCGAUCUAUAUGAACAUCAAGGAGAUCUGCUGAUAAAGAGGGAAAGGGUAUUUGAGCAAAUGAGAUCGGAUAGGAGUAUGGAUCGAAUCUACAACCUUUUGCACAAAACAAAAGGCGAAGGUUCCACUCAGACUGCAAAAAUUAUCGGUCCCGGCCACACAUUAUUACUUACGUUAGAACUGAGUAGAGAGCAUAUCUUUAAAGAAUUGAAGUUGACUGUGGAGAAUCAUCGUGAGAAGGGUUAUGCACAGGAGAGAGCGUUUGUGCAAAAAUACAAUGGAUCAAUCAUGAAAUUUGCAACCAGACAUAAGAAAAUUGUUGUUAUUACCCUGUACCAAGUGAGCAAUAAGCCCAGCACAAAGGCAAUGCAAGGUUUGUGGCCUGGAAUGAGGCUAAAAAGGUUGCAGACUGCAUCUGUUAUUGCAGCACCAGGAUUAAACAUUGAGGCAUAA